UGGAAGCACACAUCCCAUGUCCUCUGGGGAGCAGUAGAGCCAACUUCAGGACUGAUUGAUCAUGACUUCUAUAAAGGAGCAGGCAGCAAUUAGCAGGCUCUUAAGUUUUUUACAGGAGUGGGACAAUGCUGGCAAAGUCACAAGGAGUCACAUCCUUGACAAGUUUAUUGAAACCAACCAAGGCAAGACUGCCCCUGAACUGGAGCAGGAGUUUUCCCAGGGAGCCAGUUUGUUCCUGGUACGCUUGACCACCUCACUUAGAAUCACCUAUGUGACUGACUCAUGUUUAGAAAAGCUUCUCAGGUCCAUUGGCAUCUUCUUAUCAGCUGUGAGCAGUAAUCGGUACCUUAUAGAAUUUCUUGAGGUUGGAGGUGUCCUGACACUCUUGGAAAUACUUGGGCUGGAGAAGAUCAAGGAGGAGGCCAAGAAGGAAUCCGUCAAACUACUUCAGGUUAUUGCAAACUCUGGCAGGACGUACAAGGAGCUCAUUUGUGAAAGCUAUGGUGUACGAUCCAUAGCAGAAUUUUUGGCAAAGUCUAAGUCAGAAGAGACCCAGGAGGAAGUGCAGGUUCUGUUGGAUUCUUUGGUCCACGGCAAUCCCAAGUACCAAAAUCAAGUGUAUAAAGGUCUAAUAGCUUUGCUGCCCUGCGAGUCCCCCAAAGCCCAGCAGCUGUCCCUGCAGACUCUCAGGACUGCCCAGUCAAUCGUUGGGACCACACACCCCAGCAUCGUGGACUGCGUGCUGAAGGUGCUGGGCACGAUGCACCUGGAAGUCCAGUAUGAAGCCAUCGAGUUGAUCAAGGACCUGGUGGGUUACGAUGUGCGCCAGGCGCUGCUCAAGGGCCUCGUGGCGCUGCUGAUACCGUCAGUCAAGGAGACCUCCAAACUGCAGGCCAAGAUCCUCAGUGACCCCUCGGUUCUCCAGCUCACCCCCAGCCUGCCGAUGUUUUUGCAGCAGGCCGCGGCCGCCAAGGCCAUCGGGGUCCUGGCACGCAACGACAUGAGCAUCGCCGAGGAGCUGCUGUACCUGCGCGUAGUGCGCGGCCUAAUGGCCGCCAUGGGCAACAUGGACCACAGCAACAGCCAGCGGUUGGCCAGCCUCACGCUGGAGUGCUUUGUGCAGAUGUUCCCUUUGGUGGCGGAGUACGUGCGCAAAGGCAUGGGAGAGGAACUCUACCAGCUCUUCCUGAGCAACGCUGAGGACUUGUACAUGAAAUUAGACAGCAUUCAGGCGGACAUCUUGGCGGCCAACAAAGUCAAUGUUACCAAAGCCCUGCGCCUCCACGGCAGCUCCUACAGCAUGGACACUCUCUAUGGCUCGCAUGAUUCGGCUCAGAUGGCCUACCUCACACACUUCGAGAAGGAGGAUGUGGAAUCAAAGGAGUAACAGCUCCUGUGGCAAACCAGGAAGGCCAAGGCUGCGGGGCAGGGAAGCCUGGCAACAGGAAGGCGUCUGGGGUCAAGCUCAGAGCCACUCCACUUGGCUCCAGGGGGGGAGACGGGGAUUAGGCACCCCAGAAGGGCAGAGGGAGAGCCGCUGGCUGUGAAGAGUCAAUAAACAGCCUUGAUACCUG